GCCGCAGCGCGGAGUCACGUGACCAGCGGCCACAUGACCGGAGUCCCGGCAGCGCCCUGAGUGUGGGGGAGAGUUCCCUGUGUGUCCCGGGCACUGUCUACAGAUGGUUUGGCUUGGGCUGUUAGCUGUGCUGCUGGAAAUCUUUCUUACUGAAUCUGCCCCAGCCAAGGAUGAGAUCAACUACCUACCAGGACUGGCCAAGCAACCCAGCUUUAGACAGUACUCUGGAUACCUGAAUGUAUCUGAAAACAUACACCUCCAUUACUGGUUUGUGGAGUCUCAGGGCCAUCCUGAAAGUGAUCCUGUUGUCCUGUGGCUGAAUGGAGGACCUGGCUGCAGCUCCUUGGAUGGGCUUCUAAAUGAACAUGGGCCCUUCUUGAUCCAACCAGAUGGGAAGACACUUCAAUAUAAUCCUUAUUCCUGGAAUCUGAUUGCAAAUGUGCUGUAUCUUGAGUCGCCAGCAGGAGUUGGAUUCUCCUAUUCUGAUGACCAGCAGUACAAAACCAAUGAUACUGCGGUUUCAUUCAAUAACUACCUGGCUCUGAAGGAGUUCUUCCGUCUGUUCCCUGAAUACAGCAAGAAUAGUUUCUACAUCACAGGGGAGAGCUAUGGAGGGAUCUACGUGCCAACACUGGCAGAGCGUGUUAUAACAGACAGCAGCAUCCGUUUUCAGGGAAUGGCUGUUGGAAAUGGAUUAUCAAGCUGGGAAUAUAAUGACAACUCUUUGGUUUACUUUGCUUUCUACCAUGGGCUGUUGAGAUCCACACUGUGGGCUGAACUCCAGAAAUUCUGCUGUUCUGAGGGAAAAUGCAACUUCCAUGACAAUAAAGAUGAGGACUGUCAGUUGAGGGUUAAAGAAGUGUCACACAUCGUGUGGUCCUCUGGUCUGAAUGUGUACAAUUUGUAUGCUGAUUGUGUUGGAGGUGUGCCUGGUGAGAUUCAAUUUGAUGGGAGUCGGAAGCAGCUGGUCAUCAGUGACUUGGGAAACCUAUUCCCCAAAAAUGAAAUGAGUCUGUGGUGGCGCAAGAAACUGAAAGAUGUACAUCAGAGCCACAGAAACGUUCGGCUUGAUCCCCCAUGCACCAACACCACUGCCUGCAGCAACUACCUGAAUGACCCAGAGGUUCGGAAGGCUCUGCAUAUCCCUGCCUUUGUGCAGAACUGGGAGAUGUGCAGCGCAGUAGUGAACCUGCUUUAUCAACGGCUGUACAGUGAUAUGAAGGAUCAGUACAUGAAACUGCUGUCUGCCGGGCAAUACCAGCUCCUAGUUUAUAAUGGCGACGUGGAUAUGGCCUGUAACUUCAUGGGAGAUGAGUGGUUUGUGGAGUCACUUCAACAAAAGGUGACAGUGAACCGUCGAACCUGGCUGUAUGAUGAUGGAAACGGUGAUCAGGUGGGAGGAUUUGUCAAGGAGUUUGGCAACCUUGCUUUCUUGACAGUAAAGGGAGCAGGUCACAUGGUGCCAACAGACAAACCUCUGGCUGCAUUUACAUUUUUCAGUCGUUUCCUUCAUAAGGAGCCAUAUUGACAAUGACCCAAGAUGAACUACACCAAGAAAUCUGAAGAUUGAGGUUAUAUCGCUGGACAAAAGUGCAAAUAGAAGGAAAAGAGUUUCAAGUGUGUUCUGAGGCAAUAAAUUGAAGGAUUGAGUGUUGAUGUUGGAGGGCUAUGGACAAUUCAUGAACCAUCACUUCCAAACUGAAAAUUGCCUCCUGACACACUAUAAACCAAGUCCUGUCUGUGUUUGAGACCUUUCUGUAAAUAUUUUAAGUCCUUUCUUUGAUUAUGACACACUCCUGAAAUGAUUUUCCUUGCAAUCAAGUGUACACUCCUGAGGCCUAGCCUCCAUGUAGUUAAUAGCACAUUGUACACGUGUGUGUGAGGCUGUGGGGUUGAGUGUGUACAGGUGUGUGUGUUGGGGCAGUGGGUUGAGUGUGUACCCGUGUGUGUUGGGGCAGUGGGGUUGAGUGUGUACUCGUGUGUUGGGGCAGUGGGUUUAAGUGUGUACCUGAAGUGGGGGUGGAGGUCAACAGUGCUUCUGCCAAUGUAAAGUCCCAAAAACAAUUAACCAGAAAUCACAAAAUGGACAAUUUCUGAAAUCCUGGCUCCUGCACUGAGCUUAAAUUUAAAUCCGGUUUUGAUUUUAACAUGGUAGUAUUACAAAUGCUAAGUUGUUUAAGUAUGUUACGGAUGACAUUAGAAAUUCAAAUGAGAUUCUUCUAUCUUGAAAUGAUUCAGCAAAUUUCGAGCAACAAAUAUUGAUUCAACCUGAGAAAUGAAAUGUUCAAAGGCCGGGCUUUAGGGAGUAUGUGCAACUUUAAAUUUUGUGCUUUGCUGUGCCACCUAUUGUUUACUGUUGAUUUGAUUUCUCUUGUAAAUCUGGGGGCAUUCGGACCCACAGAAAGCCUCUGAGCUGUCCAUCCUCCAUGUGCUGCUGUGACUUUGGUCCAGACUUUCUUGUUCGUAACAAAGCACCUUGUUGAACAAUUCUAGCAAUGCGUGGUGAGACCUUCUAACUUUUUCAAUGUGCAAUUGACAGUAGUGUUCUAUAACAGAUGUCCAACAUUGAACCACAGGGAUAUCAUUAAGCCAUCUAAGCAAUUCUUCGUUUUAAAGAUUACUUGCAGGUACCAAACAGGAAAUGAAAAAUGAUAAUCCAAUUACUGAGUUGGGACAUGCAAAUAAGAGUAAGUGGAGUACUUGAACAAACUUUAGAAAUAGAUUAUUUUGAUUGUUUUAAAAAGUUAUUAAUGUAUUGGGGGAACUAAACAAUAUUCCAGUUAUAAAAUUACUUAAAGUUCAGUAUUAAUUAUUAAUCAGAUCACUGUUUUGAAAACCCUGUUUCAUGUUGGAGCUUUACUUUGAUAGGGUGUUAAACAGUGAUGAGACUGGAAAUUCUCAUCAACUUAAUUGAUUUUAAUUGAUCACUGGCUCAAGUUGGAAGAUACGAAUUGGCCCAUUACGUGCCUCGUGACAGAGCUGUCAAUGACAGACCACAAUAUCAGGAUUUGUGCAUCAAUUUGCACUUGUGCUAAAUCCUCAAGUUGUCAAUUUCAAAGUGGCAAUGACCAUGAUUGCUAACCAUUCACCACCCAAUUUCUGGUCCAUUAGCUUCGUACCUGCUCCCUAUUACUGUAAAGGGGGUUUUGGAGGAAAGUGCUUUUUUUCAACCUGAAUAACUAUCAAGCUGAAUGUAUUUGAGAUAAUAUUGGAAGCAGAUUCAAUAGUAACUUUAAAAUAAAAUGGGAUAUAUAUUUGAAAAGCAAAAUCGGUGCAGAGCAUUGAGAAAGAGUGGGCGAAUAGGACUUAGUGAAUUCAAAGAACAGGCAUUAACUUGAUGGGCUGAAUGGCUCUCUGCUAUAAAAACAGCAUCUUUAUGACAUUGUGAUUUUUUUUUUCCCCUCCCCUCUUGGUACUGUGUACUGCGUUCACUAACUGGUCUGUCAGAAAUAGCAAUGGAAAAGCCUAGAGUCUGACAAGAAGGAAUCUUCUCUUUCAUUCACAGGCGACAUAGAGGGCUGUUGCUCUGCAUCAUCUUCUCCAUUAAUAGGAUUCUAAGGCUGCACACACAAUUGCCAGCUUGCUGAUUAAGUCAUGCUAGAAAGGUGAAGUAAUCACAGUCUAUACUGAAGACUUUUCUCUAAAAUUUGCUGCUCUCAGACAUGAAUUACUCUGCUAUAAUAAAAACUGCCAAUCUGGCUUUGUCUCUUUUAUAUUGUCUAAUUAUGUACAAAGAGGAGCCCAGGUUAAAUAUUAAAACACUAGGGUAUCGAGGGGAAACUGACUGCCCUCCAAAGGCUAGUAGAGUUUCAAGUUGGUGAGCAGGAAAAGUCACCAAAGCAGAUAGUGUAAGGUUGAAGGAAAUAGAAUGUAUGUCUGGAUUGCUGGAUGGUAGAUAGGUGGGUUGAUUUCAGGAUAGGAAUAAAGAGGGAACAAAUCUGUUCAAUAGCUGUGAAUUGAGCAGAGAUCUAUCUAUUUCUGGUGGUGGUCAUGGGGGUCAACAUUUUAUCUGUAGACAUUCCCUGAAGGCUAAAAUAACAUUGCUUUGUCUUUUUGCUGGGUAACCUCUACCUACAGUGUCUGAGAUUUGCUGUACUUUUUUAAUGUUUGUUGACAAAAUUAGAAACUCACAUGUUAAUAAAAUGUUCUUUUGAGAA